AAACCCGGUUGUUGUAAUUAGCAAUGCGCAAAUUGCAGGCCCGCUUCUUAAUAGCACAUUGGUCGCGGAAAGCAAGUUUCAUCAUCGUACGGGUCCGAGACAGGGAAUAAAUGAGUUGGGUAUAUCGAGAAAAGGAUUGUAUUUGAAUGAAGACACGGAGAGUUGGACUAGGAAUAGAAAGUUUUUCGCGAAUGGUAUUUCGUCGGUCAAUGCCGCUAAAGAUUGUGUGACGUAUGCGAGAAAAGCAUUUAAAGAGAUGGAAAAAAGUUGGAUUGAAAUUGAGUCGCACAGUGAAGGACCUGCCAACGUGGAUUUAAUUGAAUGGAUAUUUCGAUGGACAACCGACAUAAUAUUUCAAGUGACAACGAGUGAAAACGUCAAUUCAAUCCAGACAUAUAAAAAGACAAUACUUGGAAAAAUCAAUAACAAUAAUGAGAAAUUAGGUAUCAAUUCAUCAUUUAAGAAAUUAACGAGGUCAUUAUCACUCGCUAGUACCGAUGACGGAUCUAGAAUGAUAAUCGAUACCGAGAUAUUUAUACGAAAUAUAAAAGAUUUCUUCCCAGCUGUAUGGACAUUUCUUGCGACCCCUAAAUGGACACGUGAUUAUGUGCCACCCGUUUCAGCAAUGGCAAGACGUUUUAAAGACAGUUUAGGAAUGGUGAAUAAAGAGCUGACAAAGAUCGUCAAGGAGAAACGUGAGGAGAUUAUAAUAGAUCGUAGUCGGGCUAAAGAAGUAAAGAUGGACUUUUUGACAAUGAUGAUUACUUCUGAAAAGGAUAAAGUGACACUUGGUGAUGAUGAAGUUAGAGAGAAUUUAUUGCAUGCUAUUGCAGGCGGAAUAAAUACUCUGGGAAAUACAUUAUGCUUUAUUAUCUAUACGCUCACCAAACACCCGAAAGUCAAGAAUCAAUUAAUGCAUGAAAUAAGUUCUGUAUGCAAAGACAAGAACGAUGGAAACGAUUCAACAAAUGCUUACGUUCUCAAUUACGAAGAUUUGGCAAAAUUAGAAUACACCGAAGCGGUUAUCAAAGAAGCUUUGAGAAUUUUACCGACAGUCCCAUUAAAUUUACGAAUUGCUGGUGAAGAUUGUCGUAUUGGUGAACAUCAAUUUAAGGCUGGCACACAAUUUAUACUAAACCAGCAAGGAAUACAUCUUAAUCCGAAACACUGGGAAAAUCCAACUGAAUUCGACCCAUCACGAUUUCUUCCACCAAAUUCUGCCAAACACAUACAGAAACACUCUUUAUUACACUUCGGUGAUGGAACAAGGAAAUGCCCCGGUAAACUACUGGCAAUGACAGAAAUGAAAUGUUUUUUGGCGUUGUUUUAUCUUAA